GCAGAGAGUGCACGAGUGUGGGGUGGCUCCGGGAGCAACCCGCUUCCCUCUCUAUUUUUUUUAUUAAAUUAUUUUAUGUUCUUGUCUUAAUCUCCCCCCCGUGUUUGGGAGCGGCCGUUGGACGCGGAGCGCGGCGGGGCCGGGAUGUGGCGGGCGCUGCGGGGGCUGCGCGGCCGCGGGUGGCGAUGGCAGCACCACGCGGCCAUCGAGGUGACCAACGAGCCCAUCCUCGAGUUUAAGCCGGGGAGCCCCGAGCGAGCAGCACUUCAGAAGGCGCUCGCCGACCUGAAAGGCAAGACAGAAGCCAUCCCCUGCGUGAUCGGGGGCGAAGAGGUGUGGACACCGAAUGUGCGGUACCAGCUGUCGCCAUUUAACCGUGCGCACAAGGUGGCCAAGUACUGCUAUGCCGACAAGGAGCUCAUUAACAAAGCCAUUAACGCUGCCUUGGCGGCCAGGAAAGAAUGGGACCUGAAACCUGUCCAGGACCGAGCCCAGAUCUUCCUGAAAGCAGCCGACCUGCUGAGCGGCCCCAGGCGAGCGGAGGUGCUGGCCAAAACCAUGGUUGGGCAGGGUAAAACAGUGAUCCAGGCAGAAAUCGAUGCCGCUGCCGAGCUGAUCGACUUCUUCCGAUUCAAUGCCAAGUAUGCGCUGGAGCUGGAGAGCAACCAGCCCAUCAGCGUGGACGUCAGCACCAACAGCAUGGUGUACCGGGGGCUGGAGGGUUUCGUGGCAGCCAUCUCGCCCUUCAACUUCACAGCGAUCGGUGGCAACCUGGCCGGAGCUCCGGCAUUGAUGGGAAACGUGGUCCUGUGGAAGCCCAGCGACACCGCCGUGCUCUCCAACUACGCCGUCUACAAGGUCCUGCUGGAAGCCGGGCUCCCUCCCAACGUCGUGCAGUUCGUGCUGGCGGACGGGCCCGUCUUCGGAGACACCGUCACCAGAUCCGAGCACUUCUGCGGGCUCAAUUUCACCGGCAGCGUCCUGACUUUCAAGCGGCUCUGGAAGCAGGUAUCCGAAAACCUGGAUCACUACCGCAAUUUCCCACGCCUGGCCGGAGAGUGCGGCGGGAAGAAUUUCCACCUGGUGCACAGCUCAGCCGACGUGUCCAGCGUAGUGAACGGGACCCUGCGCUCGGCCUUCGAGUACGGCGGCCAGAAAUGCUCGGCUUGCUCUCGUCUCUACGCCCCGGACUCGCUGUGGCCCCAGAUCAAAGAGAAGCUGCUGGAGGAGCACGGGAAGAUCAAAGUGGGAGACCCCGCCCAGGACUUUGGGACGUUUUUCUCGGCGGUGAUUGAUGACAAGUCUUUUGCACGGGUCAAGAGAUGGCUCGAGCACGCUAAGAAGUCGCCCAACCUCACCAUCCUGGCGGGAGGCGGCUGCGACGACAGCGUCGGGUAUUUCGUCGAUCCCUGCAUCGUGGAGAGCAAAGACCCGCAGGAUCCCAUCAUGAAAGAGGAGAUUUUUGGCCCCAUCCUCACGGUUUACGUCUACCCGGAGAAGCGGUACCAGGAGGUGCUGGAUCUCAUCGACACCACGUCGCCCUACGGCCUCACGGGGGCAAUCUUCGCCCAGGAGAAGCCGAUCAUCGCCCAGGCCCGGAGCCGCCUGCGCAACGCGGCCGGGAACUUCUACAUCAACGACAAGUCGACGGGCGCCGUGGUGGCUCAGCAGCCGUUCGGCGGCUCCCGCGUCUCAGGCACUAACGACAAACCUGGGGGUCCCCACUACAUCCUGCGCUGGACGUCGCCCCAGGCCAUCAAAGAGACGCACGUGCCGCUGACCGACUGGCGCUACGCGUACAUGCAGUGACACCCGCGCUACGUGUACGUGCAGUGACACCUGUGCUGCACAUACAUGCAGUGACACCCGCGCUACCUGUACGUGCAGUGACACCCGCGCUACCUGUACGUGCAGUGACACCUGCGCUGCACAUACAUGCAGUGACACCUGCGCUAUGUGCACGUGCAGUGACACUGGUGCUACACGUACAUGCAGUGACGCCUAUGCCGCUCAUCCUCAACGCACACAGUGGCUUCGCAGCUACAGCCUGCAAAUAAAGCACUUAAAACUACUGAUCUUUAACCUAACAAGCUUAGGUUUUAUUUUUAAAUUAAAAAUAAAAUUAUUCCUUUUUUUGAGUUAACCGUUUAACAAA